UCACUGCUCUCUGUGGGGCCUGGGUCCAGUUGGAGGCCAGAGCCAGGUUCCUAGGGCAGAGGGCAAACGGCCCCUCCAGGAGGGAGCCGGGAGAGUAGGCAGCUCCAUGUAGGUCCACGUUUAGGUUAGGAGGAUCCACCAUGAAAAAGGUUAAGAAGAAAAAGUCAGAGGCCAGACGCCACCGAGAGUCUACUGGCCAGCAUCCUAGCUCCAACUCCACCUCUCAGCAGUCUAGCCCUGCAUCCACGCCACAGCAGUCUAGCCCUGCAUCCACACCACAGCAGUCUAGCCCUGCAUCCACACCACAGCAGUCUAGCCCUGCAUCCACACCACAGCAGUCUAGCCUUGAAACCACCUCCGGGCAACCAGCAUCCCAAGCCUUUCUGGCUCCCGAAGUUCGCCGCUCCUCUCGGUGCCUGUUAUCUCCAGAUGCUAAUGUGAAGGCAUCCCCUCAAUCCAGGAAAGCAGGGCCUCUGACUCACGCCGCCCCGCGUUCCUGCUCCUAUGCCACUUGCCCCUGCAGCUCUGCUUGCUGGCGUCGUCUGGGACUGUGCCAUAGCCGCAUCUUUGACAUCCUUCUGCCUCGGGACUGGCAGAUGGCGCCAGGGAGAAGACUCCCCAACCUGCUCACCUUCUACAGAGGAUCUUCAAGGAAACCCUCCAGUCAUCGGAACGCGUGUCCUUCAAGCCCUCAGAACUGUGGCUGUGGCUCUGGGGGCUCUGGGAGCUGCCUACUACAUCACUGAAUCCUUGUGAACAAGCCCCUAGCCCAUGGUCCGGCAGAUCCAGUUUCCAUCAAAGGAUCUCUCUUGUCACCAAAAUUUAAAAAAAGAAAAAAAAAAAGAAUUCUGCUUCUUUAGCGUGUUUUACUUAGAGACAUCAGAGUCGGACUUGGCUAAGAAGGGAAGCGUGGGGACCCCAGUAACUUUUCGAGCUGCAGGUCAAGCAGAGUUGGUGCCUGUCAUUCCUGUUCUGGCCACAGACCCCAGGUGGAGCAGCUUUCUUUGCACACACUCAUAGAACACCAUGUUUGCUGUGGAUUUUCCCACUCCAAAGGAAGGAAUUAUAAAGCUUAACUCAAUA